UUGGAAGGCGCAAGAAUAUGAAAUACCAAGUCGGGGAUACUCCAUCUUUUGGUGGUAUUACCGAAAUCCAGUUUCGACCGAAAGUGGGUAAAACUUACCGGAAGGUCAUUUCUUUAUAUGGGGUUAUAUGCUUUUACUACAGAUUCGGAUUCUGCGCAUAAAAAAAAAGUAACUUUUAUUUGAAACUUUUUCAACUUUCAACUAGUCCUGGACGAAAAUGUUUUUUUAUUGGAAAACGAAGAAAUAAGUAUUACCGACUUUCGGUUUCGACCGAAAGUAGUUCAAAUAGGCUGGAGCUCCAUUAUUUUAAACGGAAAUCCAUUAUAGAAAAAAAUUUCCUACAAAGGUAAUGUAUUUUUUCCGCAGAUUCCGAAUCUGUGAUAAAAACUUUAAUACUUCUGGUCAGUUAAACCUACUUCCAGUCGAAACCCGAAGUCGAUAAUACGACCAAAAGAUAAAGAGAGCAUCGCCGACUUGGCGAUUCACAUUAUUUCGUUUGCCAAUAAAAAAUAUUUUCGUUCAUUUAAAAAGCGGUGGACACCCUGUAUACAAACAUUUUUUUUGUCGCAAAAAGUUAUAAUUAAUAGAAUAAAUUUGUGUCAACAAGUCGUAAUUCUUCUUUUCAUCUCCACCUUCACACAGCAUGCUACCCAACGAGGGCUCACUGCUAUUCAAUAGCACGGAUGUACCACUCCUACCGAAAGUCACACUACAAAUUGUCGAUCUGUCGCAUCAACACGAAACGAAUGAUGUGCAAAUUGGACAAAAUCUAGAACUACAAAUCAUUGCUGAAUACUCACCACACCAGCAACAGUUGGUUAACUAUGCACUGCCACCAUUGCCCGACUUUCGCGCGACUUCGCUGAUUGCCAAAACACAGGACAAUCAAAAUUUCGUGCAACUCAUCGAUGAACGGGGCUGCCCCAUUGAUGUCACGGUAUUUCCCGCAUUGGAGCGUAAACACUCAACUACACAAAAUAUGUUAAGAGCACGUUUUCACGCCUUCAAAUUUGCCGGAUCUUCGUUAGUGAACUUCGAUGUGAAUAUACGUUUUUGUAAACAACGCUGUCCCGGAGAUAAUUGUUAUCCAUAUGCGAGCGGUGGUGGUGGUGGUGUUAGCACGAGCCCAAGCAAGGAUGACAGUUAUAGCAGCGCUACAGCUAAUCUUGUAAGUUCUGCUACACGAAAACGCCGCCAGAUCCGACCACCAAUUAGCGAAGAGGAGCCAGAGUCUCCACUCUCGGAUCGUUUUAAGGUUCAAAACCCCGUUUACAUAUCGACGGUGAUGGAUGUGCCCCAAGAACAGCUUGAAGAGAUGAAUUUGACGCGUGACUCAAAGACUGACAAUAUGUCGAUACAAGAUUUGGGCAUACUUCCACUGAACUAUAAUUUACACGUGCGUGGUCCCGAUCAGGUCAGCAGUAAUAGCUUUAUUUAUGGCGAGCGUGGCGUCUUACUGAUUGCGGGCAUUGAUCACAUGCAAUUGGACAACUUUUGCUUGAAUCAAAGCCUUCUCAUCGCUCUACUGAUUUUCUGGCUAAUCUUUCAGGUUGCACUCAUGUUCAGCUGCUGCUAUGUUAUACAGAAAUACAAACGUUUGGCAGUAAUGGAUGAAGAACGCCGAAAGAUCAAAGAGAGCCUAGACUACCUCGAAAGUCGACGCGUGCAUUGGGCGGAUCAAGGUGGUUACACGCUUUGAUAAUAAAUAAAUUCAAAUUUACACUUUUUCCUUGUAAAUAAAUCUUGAUUUUAGUGCAAGAAA